AGCAAUUCCUCUUUGUCGUGUUCACGACAUGUAUAUGCUAUAUAUUAUAUGCCAUCUCAUCUCCACCUACCUCCUCCCUCCACCACCAAAAACUCAAACACCGUCAUCAACUUCCAUUUUUCUUUUCUUAAAUCUCCUUCCCUUUUGUACAUACAAAAUCAAUUCAAUUGUUCGUCAUAAAACCGUCAUUUCUCUCUGUCUUCUAAUUGAUAGUAAUAACAUUUUUCUCCUAUUCAAUCGAUUAUUCUUUUUUUCUUUUGCAUUAUUUGUACAUCUUGUAUAAUAAUUCAAAGGCAUAUUGGUUGAAUUUUAGAUGUUUCAAUGACGAGUGCCAUCGGAAAUGGUUCGUUGUUUUAUCGUACUCCGUCAAAAUUUGAUGGUGCUGACACCUCGUCUGAAAAGUUAGGAGUUCUAAAGCUUCGGGCAUGUAAUUUUUGCAAAGCUAAGUUAUUGGGCUUACCGCCUUUAAGGGCAAUGGAGGCUUCUAGAACUUCUCAUAUCAAUGGAAAAGCCGAAAAUGUUCAUCAGCCAGGAUACAAUUCAAACGAUCAAGUGACUGCAAAUGAUUGUCCUGGCUUUUCUGGUAAAAGUAUACCUCGGAUUUCUACAAACGGGAAUUCAACGAACAUUGUUUGGCACAAAUGUUCUGUAGAGAAAAGUGACAGAGAGGAGUUGCUUCAGCAAAGGGGUUGUGUUAUAUGGAUUACAGGUCUCAGUGGUUCAGGGAAGAGCACUUUGGCAUGUUCUCUAAGUCGUGGCUUACAUGCUAGAGGAAAACUCACCUACAUCCUUGAUGGUGAUAAUGUUCGCCAUGGUCUGAAUCGUGACCUUAGUUUUGGAGCUGAAGAUCGAGCAGAAAAUAUAAGACGAAUUGGAGAAGUGUCUAAGCUUUUGGCGGAUGCUGGAGUUAUUUGCAUUGCCAGUUUGAUAUCUCCCUACAGAAAGGAGCGAGAUGCCUGCCGUGCUUUACUACCUGAAGGGGAUUUCAUUGAGGUGUUCAUGGAUGUUCCUCUACGUGUAUGUGAGGCAAGGGACCCUAAGGGAUUGUAUAAGCUUGCUCGAGCUGGAAAGAUAAAAGGUUUUACUGGUAUUGAUGAUCCAUAUGAGCCACCCCUGAAAUCAGAGAUAGUCUUGCGUCAGAACCAAGGGCUAUGUGAUUCUCCUAAUGACUUGGCUGAUGUAGUGAUCUCAUACUUGGACAAAAAUGGAUACCUGAAAGCAUAACUGCUCAUGACCUUAUGCUCAAACUGAGAUUUCGAGAGAGCUGUGUUUCCCUUGUGAAUAAGUGGAUCAUAAUGUAUAUGUAGAUUGAGUUAAUCUGUAAACUAAACUUGCGGACAUUAUGUUCGAUAGGCCCUAGCACUUUUGUUGUACAAGGUUAGGAUCUGAUCGCAGAAAGAAGCACUGCAUUCAUGUGCCAAUCCACCCUGUCGACAUCCCAAACAAAGAUAAAAACAUUAAAAUAAUGAGAUAUCCCCUCCCCAUAA